AUGGUUGAUAUUCCCAAAACUCAAAAGGCCGUUGUGUUCGAAACUAACGGUGGUCCAUUGGAAUACAAGGAAAUCCCAGUUCCAGAACCAAAGGCUAACGAAAUCUUGAUUAAUGUUAAGUACUCUGGUGUCUGUCACACUGACUUGCACGCAUGGAAGGGUGACUGGCCAUUGCCCACUAAGUUGCCAUUGGUUGGUGGUCACGAAGGUGCUGGUGAAGUUGUUGCCAUUGGUAAGAACGUAAAGGGAUGGAAAAUUGGUGAUCUUGCCGGUGUUAAGUGGUUAAACGGUUCUUGUUUGUCCUGUGAAUUCUGUCAAAAGUCUAACGAAUCUAACUGUCCCGAUGCUGAUUUGUCUGGUUACACUCACGAUGGUUCCUUUCAACAAUAUGCUACUGCUGAUGCUGUCCAAGCUGCUAGAAUCCCAUUUGGAACUGAUUUGGCAGAAGUUGCUCCAAUCUUGUGUGCUGGUAUCACUGUCUACAAGGCCUUGAAAACCGCACAAUUGGAAGCCGGACAAUGGGUUGCAGUCUCUGGUGCUGGUGGUGGUUUAGGAUCACUUGCCAUCCAGUAUGCCAAGGCUAUGGGUUACAGAGUCGUUGCUAUUGAUGGUGGCGAAGAGAAGGGUGAAUUCUGUAAGAGCUUAGGUGCUGAAACUUACGUUGACUUCACCAAGUCUUCAGAUAUUGUUAAAGAUGUCGUUGCCGCAACUAACGGAGGUCCACACGGUGCUAUCAACGUUUCAGUUUCCGAAAAGGCCAUUGCCCAAUCAUGUGAAUACGUCAGAGCCUGUGGUACUGUCGUCUUGGUCGGAUUGCCAGCUGGUGCUCAAGUUGUUACACCUGUUUUCUCAGCUGUUGUGAAGUCUAUUUCCAUCAGAGGCUCUUACGUUGGUAAUAGAGCUGAUUCUGCUGAAGCCAUUGACUUCUUUGCAAGAGGCUUGAUCAAGUGCCCAAUCAAGGUUGUUGGCUUGUCUGAAUUACCAAAGAUUUACGAGUUAAUGGAAGCCGGUAAAAUUAUCGGUAGAUACGUGGUUGACACUUCUAAAUAA